AUGUCGGCGGCGGAGGGCGGCUGGGACGGGAACCGGCGGCGGGGGGGCGCUGGAGGCAGCGGCUCGGGCGGAGGGGGCAGCGGGGACGGGCCCGGGGCGGCGCCGGCCGGGGGGCUCCUCAACCGCUUCGUCCAGCUGCCGGGCAGGCCCCACCUGGCAGGCUCUAAGAAGAAAAUACGAUUGGUCCUAAUUAGACGCUUCCCUCGGUCUCGUCCCAUCCUAAAGGUCCGUAAGAGGUCUUUCAGAGCAGGUCACCGAGCCCCACCAGCAAGGAGCGGCCAUCGUUGUGUAGCAGAUAACGCCAACCUGUACGUGUUCGGAGGGUAUAACCCGGACUACGAUGAGUCUGGCGGGCCAGAGAAUGAAGACUACCCUCUCUUCAGGGAACUUUGGCGAUAUAACUUUGCUACAGGCGCAUGGCAUCAAAUGGGCACCGAGGGCUACAUGCCUAGAGAACUAGCAUCCAUGUCACUUGUGUUGCAUGGGAACAACCUGUUGGUAUUUGGCGGCACCGGGAUCCCAUUUGGGGAGAGCAACGGCAAUGACAUCCACGUCUGCAAUGUGAAGUACAAGCGAUGGGCCCUGCUCAGCUGCCGAGGGAAGAAACCCAAUCGAAUAUAUGGACAGGCUAUGGCUAUCAUUAAUGGAUCCCUAUAUGUUUUUGGAGGAACAACUGGUUACAUUUAUAGCACAGAUCUACAUAAAUUAGACCUUAACACUAGGGAAUGGAUACAACUGAAACCAAACAACAUGCACUGUGACAUGCCAGAGGAGAGGUACAGACAUGAAAUUGCACAUGAUGGUCAGAGGAUUUAUAUCUUGGGAGGUGGAACUUCCUGGACCGCUUAUUCCUUGGAUAAGAUCCAUGCAUACAACCUUGAAACAAACACCUGGGAGGAAAUUGCAACGAGACCUCAUGAGAAAAUAGGUUUCCCAGCAGCCAGAAGAUGCCACAGUUGUGUACAAAUAAAAAAUGAUGUGUUUGUCUGUGGGGGAUAUAACGGAGAAGUGAUAUUGGGAGACGUCUGGAAGCUGAGUCUUCAAACUUUCCAGUGGGUGAAACUCCCAGCUGUCAUGCCUGAACCAGUUUAUUUUCACUGUGCUGCUGUCACACCGGCUGGCUGCAUGUACGUCCACGGAGGGGUGGUCAACAUCCACGAAAACAAACGGACUGGCUCCUUGUUUAAGAUGUGGCUAGUAGUCCCCAGCCUCCUGGAACUGUCAUGGGAGAAGCUGUUGGGAUUCUUCCCUCAUCUAGCAACUCUUUCCAGAUCGCAGCUUUUGCACCUUGGCCUCACACAGGGACUCAUUGAGCGAUUGAAAUGAGAGCUCUUCGCUGUUCUCACUCUGCCCUAGAAACACUAAAGAGACCCCCCUCCCCCCCCCGCCCGUUAUGGAUGCCGCUGCUAAGGAGACGGGAGGACCCUGCUCUCAGCGCCUUACUCAGCAAAUACAUCGGAUGCCUUUCUGUGAAUGUUCAUUUGGCGUUUAUGGAAAUUAGCUUUUUAUUUAUGGAUCUCUCUAAAUACAUCGGGAACGAAGAUGCUGUUCAGAACUCGUUCAGAACGUCCAGCCACCAGCCUGCUGUUAGCACAUGUGUGUAGCCUAAUAAAUGCGGGGAAGGGGCUUAGAAAUUG